GUUCCAAUACUUUAAAUAGUGGGCAUUUGCAUUUUCAUCCACCUAAGUAACAUGAAAAAAGGGUAUGUGAGCCUUACUGUGUACUUGUUGUUGUAUUUAUUUUUAGUCUACGGCCUGCCUUGAGCUGUCCUGAAUUCCUGCAUAGCUGUUGUCCUCAAAGUAAAGAGUCAUCAUGGGUGAUCCAGAAAUGGAGUGUUUUGGCCCGGCGGCCAUUUACCUGCGGAAGCCAGAGCGAGAGAGAAUCGAGGCUCAAAACACUCCUUUUGACGCAAAGACCGCGUACUUCGUGACUGAGCCCGCCGAGAUGUACCUCAAGGGCAAACUGAUAAAGAAGGAAGGUGGUAAAGCCACCGUGGAAACGCUCGUUGGAGCAAAGACUCUGACAGUCAAGGAGGACGAAAUCUUCCCCAUGAAUCCACCAAAGUAUGACAAGAUUGAGGACAUGGCCAUGAUGACCCACCUCAGCGAGCCUUCUGUGCUGUAUAACCUCAAAGAGCGCUAUGCAGCAUGGAUGAUCUACACCUACUCUGGGUUGUUCUGCGUCACUGUGAACCCUUACAAGUGGCUCCCAGUGUACGACGCAAAGGUCGUUUCGGGAUACAGAGGCAAAAAGAGGAUUGAGGCUCCACCCCACAUCUUCUCCAUCUCUGACAACGCCUAUCAGUUCAUGCUCCAAGAUAAAGAAAACCAGUCCAUCCUGAUUACUGGAGAAUCCGGUGCAGGAAAGACUGUGAACACCAAACGUGUCAUCCAGUACUUUGCGACAAUCGCAGUGGCUGGAGGAAAGAAAACGGAGCAAGCUGCCAGCAAAAUGCAGGGUUCACUGGAGGAUCAAAUCAUUGCAGCUAAUCCAUUGCUGGAAGCUUAUGGUAACGCCAAGACUGUGAGGAAUGACAAUUCUUCACGAUUUGGUAAAUUCAUUAGAAUUCACUUUGGAACCACUGGAAAGCUGGCUUCAGCUGAUAUCGAAACAUAUCUUCUGGAGAAGUCCCGUGUCACUUUCCAGCUGUCUGCUGAGAGGAGCUACCACAUCUUCUACCAGCUCAUGACAGGCCACAAACCUGACCUAAUUGAGGCACUCCUGAUCACCAAAAAUCCAUAUGACUUCCCAAUGAUCAGUCAAGGUGAAAUCACUGUGAAGAGUAUCGAUGACAUUGAAGAAUUCAUCGCAACUGAUACUGCCAUUGACAUCCUGGGAUUCACCGGGGAAGAAAAGCAUGCCAUCUUUAAGCUAACUGGAGCUGUGAUGCAUCAUGGCAACAUGAAGUUCAAGCAGAAGCAAAGAGAGGAGCAGGCUGAGCCUGAUGGCACAGAGGUGGCUGAUAAAAUCGCUUACCUCCUGGGUCUGAACUCUGCCGACUUGCUCAAAGCCCUGUGCUAUCCCAGAGUGAAAGUUGGGAAUGAAUUUGUGACAAAAGGCCAGACUGUGGCACAGGUUCACAAUUCUGUCAUGGCUCUCAGCAAAUCAGUCUAUGAGAAAAUGUUCUUGUGGAUGGUGGUCAGGAUCAAUGAGAUGCUGGACACCAAGCAGUCCCGAAGCUUCUACAUUGGUGUGCUGGAUAUUGCUGGAUUUGAGAUUUUUGACUUCAACAGCUUGGAGCAGCUCUGCAUCAACUUCACCAAUGAGAAACUGCAACAGUUUUUCAACCACCACAUGUUUGUCCUGGAGCAAGAAGAGUACAAGAAAGAAGGAAUCGAAUGGGAGUUCAUUGACUUUGGCAUGGACUUGGCUGCCUGCAUUGAGCUUAUUGAGAAGCCAAUGGGCAUCUUCUCCAUCCUUGAAGAGGAGUGCAUGUUCCCCAAGGCUUCAGACACAACCUUCAAGAACAAACUAUAUGACCAACAUCUUGGCAAAAGUGCCCCCUUCCAGAAGCCAAAGCCAGCCAAAGGCAAAGCUGAGGCUCACUUUGCCCUUGUUCACUACGCUGGUACUGUUGACUACAAUGUCAAUGGCUGGCUGGACAAGAACAAGGACCCCCUGAACGACUCAGUUGUGCAGCUCUACCAGAAAUCCUCAGUCAAGCUGCUAGCCCUCCUCUACGCCGCACAUGGCGGACCUGAAGCAGAGGGUGGCGGCAAAAAGGCUGGCAAGAAGAAGGGUGGCUCAUUUCAGACUGUGUCUGCUCUUUUCAGGGAGAAUUUAGGCAAGCUGAUGACCAACUUAAGAAGCACCCAUCCUCAUUUUGUGCGUUGUUUGAUUCCAAACGAAUCCAAGACCCCAGGUCUGAUGGAGAACUUCUUGGUCAUUCACCAGCUGAGAUGUAACGGUGUGCUGGAGGGCAUCAGGAUUUGCAGGAAGGGAUUUCCCAGCAGAAUCCUCUAUGGUGACUUCAAGCAGAGAUACAAAGUAUUGAAUGCCAGUGUCAUUCCUGAGGGACAAUUCAUUGACAACAAGAAGGCUUCAGAGAAACUCUUGGGCUCCAUUGAUGUUGACCAGAGCCAGUACAAGUUUGGACACACAAAGGUGUUCUUCAAAGCCGGCCUGCUGGGUACUCUGGAGGAAAUGCGAGAUGAAAAACUGGCUAUCCUCGUGACCAUGACUCAGGCUCUCUGCAGAGGUUACGUCAUGAGGAAGGAAUUUGUCAAAAUGAUGGAGAGGAGGGAGGCCAUUUACUCCAUCCAGUACAACAUCCGCUCAUUCACAAAUGUCAAAUCAUGGCCAUGGAUGAAGCUGUACUUCAAGAUCAAGCCUCUGCUGAAGAGUGCAGAGACUGAAAAAGAGAUGGCUAACAUGAAAGAAGACUUUGAGAAAACCAAGGAGGAUCUCAGCAAGGCUUUAGCCAAGAAGAAGGAACUAGAGGAGAAGAUGGUGUCUAUUCUGCAGGAGAAGAAUGACUUGCAGCUGCAGAUUCAGUCUGACAGUGAAACCCUUGCUGAUUCUGAGGAAAGGUGUGAGGGGCUCAUCAAAGCCAAAAUUCAGCUGGAGGCAAAAGUCAAGGAGGCAUGUGAGAGGCUGGAGGAUGAGGAGGAGGUGAAUGGUGAGCUGACGGCGAAGAAGAGGAAGCUGGAGGAUGAGUGCUCUGAACUGAAGAAAGACAUCGAUGACAUGGAGCUUACUCUGGCUAAAGUAGAGAAGGAGAAACAUGCCACUGAGAACAAGGUCAAAAAUCUGACAGAGGAGAUGGCCACUCUUGAUGAGAGCAUCGCCAAGUUGUCCAAAGAGAAGAAAGCCCUCCAAGAGGCCCAUCAGCAGACCCUGGAUGAUCUGCAAGCAGAGGAAGACAAAGUCAACACUCUGACCAAGGCCAAGAUCAAGCUGGAACAGCAAGUGGAUGAUCUUGAAGGAUCCCUGGAGCAAGAAAAGAAACUUCGCAUGGAUCUUGAACGAUCAAAGAGGAAGCUGGAAGGCGAUCUGAAGUUGGCUCAUGAAACCAUCAUGGAUCUCGAGAACGACAAGCAGCAGUCUGAUGAGAAAAUCAAGAAGAAGGACUUUGAGUCGAGUCAGCUCCUCAGCAGGAUUGAGGAUGAACAGUCAUUGAGUGCUCAGCAUCAGAAGAAGAUCAAAGAACUUCAGGCUCGUAUUGAGGAGCUGGAGGAGGAGAUUGAAGCUGAACGUGCCGCUCGCGCCAAGGUUGAGAAGCAGAGGUCUGAUCUCUCCAGGGAACUCGAAGAGAUCAGCGAGCGUCUCGAAGAGGCCGGUGGGGCCACCGCUGUUCAGAUCGAGAUGAACAAGAAGCGUGAGGCCGAGUUCCAGAAGAUGCGUCGUGACCUGGAAGAGUCCACCCUGCAGCACGAAUCCACCGCUGCAGCUCUCCGCAAGAAGCAGGCUGACAGCGUGGCAGAACUUGGCGAGCAGAUUGACAACCUUCAGCGUGUCAAGCAGAAGCUGGAGAAGGAGAAGAGUGAAUACAAGAUGGAGAUUGACGACCUCAGCAGCAACAUGGAGAACAUCUCCAAGUCAAAGACUAAUCUGGAGAAAAUGUGCCGCACACUUGAGGAUCAACUGAGUGAAUUUAAGUCCAAAAAUGAAGAACAUGUGCGACAGCUCAAUGAUGUCGGCCUCCAUAGAGCACGAUUGCAAACAGAACAUGGUGAAAUCAGUCGCCAGCUGGAGGAAAAAGAGGCCUUGAUCUCUCAACUGACCAGGAGCAAGCAGGCUAACAUCCAACAGAUUGAUGAGUUUAAGAGGCACCUUGAGGAGGAAGUUAAAUCCAAGAACGCCCUGGCCCACGCCGUCCAGUCCUCCCGUCAUGACUGUGACUUGCUCAGAGAGCAGUAUGAGGAGGAACAAGAGGCCAAGGCUGAGCUGCAACGAGCACUGUCCAAGGCCAACAGCGAGGUUGCUCAGUGGAGAACCAAAUAUGAGACUGACGCCAUUCAGCGCACUGAGGAGCUUGAGGAGGCAAAGAAAAAGCUUGCCCAGCGUCUCCAGGAUGCAGAGGAAAGCAUUGAGGCAGUGAACGCCAAGUGUGCUUCACUGGAAAAGACCAAGCAGAGACUCCACAGUGAAGUGGAAGAUCUGAUGAUCGACGUGGAGAGAGCCAACGCUCUGGCUGCAUCCCUUGACAAGAAGCAGAGGAACUUUGACAAGGUUCUUGCUGAGUGGAAGCAGAAGUAUGAGGAGAGCCAGGCAGAACUGGAAGGCGCUCUGAAGGAGGCCCGCUCACUCAGCACUGAGAUGUUUAAGAUGAAGAACUCCUAUGAAGAGGCUCUGGACCACCUGGAGACCCUGAAGAGGGAGAACAAGAACCUGCAACAGGAGGUCUCGGACUUAACUGAGCAAAUCAGUCAGACUGGAAAGACCAUCCAUGAAUUGGAGAAAAGCAAAAAGAUUGUGGAAAUCGAGAAGUCUGAACUUCAGACUUCCCUUGAGGAGGCAGAGGCCGCCCUGGAGCACGAGGAGUCGAAGAUUCUUCGCGUUCAGCUUGAACUGACCCAGGUCAAGAGUGAGGUGGACAGGAAGCUCGCGGAGAAGGACGAGGAGAUGGAGCAAAUCAAGAGGAACAGUCAGCGCGUGAUCGAGUCCAUGCAGAGCACUUUGGAUGCAGAGAUCAGGAGCAGGAACGAUGCCCUGAGAAUUAAGAAGAAGAUGGAGGGAGACCUGAAUGAGAUGGAGAUUCAGCUCAGCCAUGCCAACCGACAGGCAGCUGAAGCCCAGAAACAACUGAGGAACGUUCAGGGACAACUCAAGGAUGCUCAACUGCACCUUGACGACGCUCUAAGAGGUCAGGAAGAAAUGAGAGAGCAGGUUGCCAUGGUGGAGCGCAGAAACACCCUGAUGCUCGCCGAGAUUGAGGAGCUGAGAUCUUCUCUGGAGCAGACAGAAAGAAGCCGCAAAGUGGCUGAAGCUGAGCUGAUUGAUGCCAGUGAGCGUGUGACACUGCUGCACUCUCAGAACACCAGCCUUAUCAACACCAAGAAGAAGCUGGAGGCUGACCUCGUCCAGAUCCAGGGUGAAGUAGAGGAUUCUGUGCAGGAAGCAAGAAACGCUGAAGAAAAGGCCAAGAAGGCCAUCACUGAUGCUGCCAUGAUGGCAGAGGAGCUGAAGAAGGAGCAGGACACCAGCGCUCAUUUGGAGAGGAUGAAGAAGAACCUGGAGGUGACAGUCAAAGAUCUGCAGCACCGCCUGGAUGAGGCUGAGACUCUGGCCUUGAAGGGAGGAAAGAAGCAGAUCCAGAAACUGGAGACUAGGAUUCGUGAAUUGGAGAAUGAGGUCGAUGCCGAGCAGAGGCGUGGCGCUGAGGCCAUCAAGGGAGUGCGCAAAUAUGAGAGAAGAGUUAAGGAGCUCUCCUACCAGGCUGAGGAGGACAGGAAAAAUAAUACCAGACUUCAGGAUCUGGUGGACAAGCUCCAGUUGAAGGUUAAGGCCUACAAGAGGCAGUCUGAGGAGUCUGAGGAGCAAGCCAACACUCACCUGACCAGGUACAGGAAGGUGCAGCAUGAGAUGGAGGAGGCUCAGGAGCGUGCUGACAUCGCAGAGUCCCAGGUCAACAAGCUGAGGGUCAGAAGCCGGGAACUUGUAAAGACCAAGGAAGCAGAAGAAUAAGCAGAUGGUUGGUCAGCGCUGUGUAUCAACAGAAACAUAUAAUAUGAUUAUCUUGUUUGUUCACUUCCAGAAUCAAUAAAAGGUAGUUUGCCCAA